GCAGAGGAAGAGGAUCAGCUGUGCACGUGUGCCACAUUUCUUCCUUUCAAGAGGAGGCUGCAAGUAUCUGAACAGACCACCACGCCGCCGGGACAACAGCUGUCGACCUUUUCACCAUGGAGGUCCUUUUCCACUUGUUGUUCUCUCCUCUCCCAUUUCCGGCGAUUGUGUUUCUGUUCAUCCUGGCAGCUUUGACGCUGUUCUACCUCAACACGCGUCCCAGUCCGCUCUGUACCCCUGUUGACCUCAACUGCCAAACUCUUGGUAUCAAGGGUGGUGCAAGGAAAACUGCCAUAUUGGAAGAUAACAACAACCUGAUCUCAUAUUACUACAAUGAUGCUAAGACUUUGUAUGAGAAUUUUCAGAGGGGCACCAGAGUGUCAGGUAAUGGACCAUGCUUAGGCUAUAGAAAACCAGGAAGACCAUACCAGUGGCUGAAGUACAGACAGGUAUCGGACAGAGCAGAGCACCUGGGGUCAGGGCUUCUUCAUAGAGGACUGAAACCCAACAGCGAUACAAACAUUGGUGUCUUCUCCCAAAACAGACCUGAGUGGAUUAUUUCCGAGUUAGCCUGUUACACCUACUCCAUGGUAGUGGUUCCCCUGUACGACACUCUGGGUCCAGAGGCUCUUGUGUUCAUUAUCGACAGAGCCGAGAUAUCCACAGUGAUUUGUGACAAUCAAAAAAAAGCAGAAACACUUCUGCAACAUCGGGAAAAUGGCGAGGUUCCAGCCCUCAAAACAAUUGUCAUUAUGGAUCCCUUUAACUCUGAGCUGGUUGAGCGUGGAACAAAAUGUGGGGUGGACAUUCUAUCCAUGCAGGAUGUGGAGGCUCUAGGGAAAAACAAUCUUCAAAAGCCAGUUCCACCAACCCCAGAGGAUCUCAGUAUUAUAUGCUUCACCAGUGGCACUACAGGAAACCCUAAGGGAGCAAUGCUGACCCAUGAGAAUGUAGUCUCUGAUGCUGCAGGUGUUCUGAAAACCUUUGAGACUACAAUUGUUCCAUGUCCUGAUGAUAUCAGCAUCUCCUUCUUGCCUUUAGCACACAUGUUUGAGAGAGUCGUGCAGACGGGGGUCUAUGGAGCCGGGGCAAAGGUUGGAUUCUUCCAGGGUGACAUCAGGCUACUGCCAGAUGACUUGAAAGCCCUGCAGCCCACCAUUUUCCCAGUCGUGCCUCGACUCCUCAACCGCAUCUACGACAAAGUUCAGAGUGAAGCUGCGACGCCUUUCAAGAAAUGGCUGUUAAACUUUGCUGUGGAGAGGAAGUACAGCGAAGUGAAGCAAGGAAUCGUCAGGAAAAACAGCAUAUGGGACAAACUAAUCUUCCACAAAGUGCAGGCAUCCAUGGGGGGAAAUGUACGGAUCAUGGUGACAGGAGCAGCACCAAUAUCUCCCUCUGUUCUCAACUUCCUCAGGGCUGUCUUAGGUUGCCAGAUCUUUGAGGGUUACGGCCAAACGGAGUGCACAGCUGGCUGCACCUUCACCAUGUCAGGAGAUGCCACCUCGGGUCAUGUUGGGGUUCCUCUGCCUUGUAACUUUGUAAAGUUGGUGGAUGUUGAAGAAAUGAACUAUUUUGCUUCAAAUGGGGAAGGAGAGGUCUGCAUUAAGGGUCAGAAUGUGUUCAAGGGCUACUUGAAAGACCCAGAGAGGACUGCAGAGGCUUUGGAUAAAGCUGGCUGGCUCCACACUGGAGACAUUGGAAAAUGGAUGCCAAGUGGCGUUCUGAAGAUUGUUGACCGCAAGAAGAACAUCUUCAAGCUGGCUCAAGGGGAGUACAUAGCACCAGAGAAGAUUGAAAAUGUCUAUGUACGCAGUGCACCUGUGGCACAAGUAUUUGUGCACGGAGACAGUCUGCAGUCCAGUCUGGUUGCUGUUGUGGUCCCUGAUCCCGAGAUCCUACCAGGCUUUGCCAAGAAGCUUGGGCUCAAAGGCUCCAUUGAAGAACUCUGCAAAAACACGGACAUUAAGAAGGCCAUUCUGUCAGACAUGACCACAUUGGGCAAAGAAGCCGGGCUCAAGUCCUUUGAGCAGGUGAAGGAUCUACACCUCCACCCGGAGCAGUUCACCAUUGAGAACGGCCUGUUGACUCCCACACUUAAAGCAAAGAGGGCUGAGCUCAAAAAUCUCUUUCAGCCCCAGAUUGAUAAACUUUAUGCCAAUAUGCAAUAAAAGGAGAAGCUCAUACC